AUGAACCUACAAUCUACUGAAAAUCCAAAUCCACAACCAUUUAUUCAAAAUCAAUCAACAGUUCAACCACAAUUCUCUCAAAAUCAAGAUGAACCACAAACUCAAUAUAUUCCGCAAAUACAAUCAGUGCAAUCAGAAUUACAAGCACAAGUGCAUUAUGAUUCCAACUCUUUAACAUCAACGAAUCAAUGCAUGUCAACUUUUGAUCAAACUCAUUCAAUUCAAACUAAUCAAUACAAUCCUAAUCCUUUGACAUCAAUGAGUCACUCUACAUCAACCCUUGAUCAUCAGAAUCAAUCACUUCAAAUUAAUCAGUAUCCUCAUAAUAUUUAUGCUCCUUUGACGUCAACCCUUGUUCACAAUCAAUCAAUCCAAUAUCCUCACACUGAUCCUAAUCCUUUAAUGCCAAUGAACCAAUAUACGCCAACCCUUGAUCAAAAUCAAUCAAUGCAAACUAAUCCUUCAGUAUCAAUGAAUCAACCUACAUCAAUUCAUGAUCAAAAUCAAUCAAUUAUUCAACCAAUCCAAUAUCCUCAUAAUAAUUAUAACCUUAUGAAUCAAUUUACACCAACCCAAAAUCAAAAUCAAUAUUCUCACACUGAUCCUAAUCAUCUAUCCAUUUACAAGAAAGGAAAUCAAAAUCAUAAUAACACAAGGAAUUCAAGAAACCCCAAUUUGAAUAAUAGAUAUCAAAAGCACAAAAAAGUAAAUAACAGGACUGACCACCAAAGCAUUCUCGAUCAAAAUCAAGCAAAAAUAACAACAAUAAAUAAACAAAAUAAUAAUGACAACGACUCAAAUCAAAAUAAAUCUACAAUUGAAAUUGAGCCUGAAGUAAAAUUAACCACCGAAUCUUGGUGGAAGAAUGAAAAAGACAAUUAA